AUGCCAACUUUCAGCAACCUUACGGAUUCUCAAUCUCAAUUCGCAAGAUUGCCUGUGAUGGAAAUGGAAACUGACGAGGAGAAUUGGGAUGACAUAGAGAUUCCCUUUUCAGGUCUAAUCGCACAAGAUGGUCUCGAUAAAAUGAUAGUUGAUAGUGAUGACGAAGAGAGAAAGGAGAUGGACGAAGAUUACCACGUGAAAAAUGACAGAGGUUUACCGAUCACCACCAUAAUAAGUUCACCUACAUCUCCAAAAAAAUCAUCUUACGUUAGUCACCCUUUAAAGAAUACAAAAAAUCAUAAUACUAUCGGUUUCGGCGGUGAUGCUAAGAUUCGCGUUGGUGUUUCCGGUGAAUUCAAUUCACAUCCGAUAACAAAAACGAAUACCACCUCAACCGCGUCGAAACAACGAAGAAUUGUUAAGGAGGGCGUUAAGGCAGUAAAAUCAAUCUUUUGUGUAUCCGGUUUAGCAAAUUUUACUGUGUCAAAAUCGACGUUAAAUAGUGACAAGGAAUUCACUGGUACCAUAACGAGAUUAGGCGAUGAAUCGAAAAAAGUUGUAGACAUGAGCGACUGGGAUAACGACAUAGAAAUACCCGAAAUUGGAUUGUCCUUAAGUAAUCUUGCCAAAUCCGAUAAAACCGGUAGGAUUGUAAUGGGUAAUGAUGAUUGUGAAAAUUUUGAUAAUUGGGAUGAAGAAAUUCAAGAUUUAGAUCAUAACGAAUCUUAUUUACCGAAAAUUCAAAAUCGAAAUAUUAUGAUCAAGAGGGUCGAUGAACCUGCCAGAGUUUCCUCAAUGUUUAAAAGUGAAAAGGUUGUUGAAAGCUUUGAUCAAGAUUUUGAUCUGUUGGAUGUAGAUGUUGAUAAGCUUGAUCUUUCAAAGGAUGCAUUGAAAGUACAUUCGAAUGGUAGAGAAGGGUGUGAAGAAAAUGCAGACAUGUUUGAUUCAGAGAGUGCCAGUACGAGGACCGGAAUGCAUUCUAGGAAUUCUUCUAUGCUAAGUUCGCUCCCAAGUCCUGCUCCAAGUGGCCCUCAGAGUGAGGAUGAAGGAUUUGAUGACAUCCAGUUUCCAGAAUAUUUGGGCGCUCUUAAACUUCUUCCACCUUCAGAUUCAACACAUUCACAAAUAAGGAUGAAGGAUGAGGGUCUUGAUUUUCAGAACUCGGACACCAAGGACUAUCGGUUAUUUGAUGACGAUAACGAUGAUUGGUCUGGGUUGGAAGUGCAAGAUGACAAUGUUUUUGAAUCAAAACAUAAAAACAUUGUACCUCGAACUCUUCCCAUACAACAGAAGAGACCAAGAAGAGAAUCAUUUACUAUCGAAUUUUCGCCACCUUCGUCGAUGCAGUUGGUCACUGAGAAUACAUCAAAUCUUAAUUCGGAUCCUCCACGAAUGGAUUGCUCGUCCAUCAUUAUUGAAAAUCUUCGAUCAACUAAUUCUUCUCUGAAGAGUUCUGAUAGUGCCAAUUCCAAAAUUGAAUUAGAUGGUUGUAAUGUCAGUUCAUCACCGAGCGGUCCGACGAAGAAACAGGUGGCACUCAAAAAUUCCGUGGCAUCAUCUACUGCAUCGCCUUCUAAAAAAGUGACAUCUCAUCCAAAGAGAGAGAUCGUAGUAUCGGCAAAAAUUCCAUCGACAACUUCUUCAUCGCACGGAUACAAGUCAAACGCCACCGCAUCAAAGAGUCCUCUCCUACUAAAGGCAUCGGGAUCUCCGUCGACGCCCAAGGGGAAAGAAAAGUCUUUGGUGACAUCUAACCUAUUGGCAAAAACGCGCUCAUCAAAAAAAUUGAAUUCGAGUGCCAAUGUCACCGCUGGUAGUAUAAAGGAAAAUCUCAAUUCACCGACCUUAAUGCACAAGAAGGAUUCGAGGAUAGGCACUAAGUCUGUACAUUGUGAUUCAUCUAAAAAAUCUGCGAGGUUAGUUUCUCUUUCGUCAAAGUUCUCGACGAAAAAUUCCAAAACGUCGCCUUCCUCCUCAUCCACGAACAUAAAGCCUUUGAGUUUAACGUCAACAAGAACAUCGCCGGUUACCAAAAAAAAUACCGCUAACAGUAAACCAUCUAAGCCUUACAAGAAAUUGUCAUUGACAACCGAUAUCGUUGAUCGUCCAACUUCUCCGAAUGUCACUAAAAGCAAAGCUGUGAUUGGGUUUUUUAAUAACUCCUGCGGGAAUUUACCAUUAACGUAUAUGCAAAAUCAAUCAAAGAUUUAUGGUGAUGGUACGGAAUUAGAUGGAUUUGAUGAUUUACCCGUUUGUUUGGAAAAGGAACGAGAUUUUAGGGUUUAUCCUGUACCGCCGGUAUCUGGUGUGGUCAACAAUAGUAAAAAUGGUAGUGAUGUUAAAGAAUCGGUAUUUCGAAACCUAUCGAAUUUAAAUGACCGAAAGAAUAGUGUUUCUUCCACAUGUUCGAAAUCGUCUACUAAGAGUUCAUCAGAAGCAGGGAAAUGUUCCUCCACCAAAAAGGGCUAUAAACGGAAAAAGCCGCAAUUAAUUCGAAAUUUAAACGCCGAAAAUAAUGUAAAAGUGGUUGGUGAAAUGGUUUAUGAUCCAAUUUUACAAAGAUGGGAUGGCAAUGAAUCGGCAUUGAAGGAUUUUGAAUUAUCACAAGCUCGACCAGGCCUUAUAACAAACAUGGGCCCCUCAACCAACACAAAGUCCCUACAGGUCGUAGGUGAUAUGGUCUUCGAUCCAAAGAAGAUGUGUUGGUUCCACAAGGACGAGGCUAGUUCCGAAGAAGAAUGCUUGGCAUUGUUUGACUUUGAAUCCGACUGCGAUGAGGAUAAUAUACCGAUCAAAUAUCAUACAAUUGAUGGAUCUACAAUGGAUGGAAAUGAUCACGACAAGGAGUUGUCCUUGCCACUACAAGCAUUUAGUGAUGACGAAAACAUAGUUAAGGGUAAGAAGGGACAAAGAAAUUUCAGCAGCAGUGACGAGGACAAAGACACGGAAUUGAAUGGCAACGAAUUUCAGGUUGGAUCAGAAUUUGAGAUGUCGAAAGGGUUUCUUAAAUCUUUAGUGGCAUCGGAAAGACAACAUCGGAAAGAGAUGAAUCAUUGGUAUCCAGCUAUUAGAAGUAUUAGUAAUGAACAAAGAUUUGGAUUAAAGGAUAGCAAUUUUCAAAGAGGAUUUUUAUAUGAAAUCAGGAAAGCCGCUAUGGUAAAUCAAUCUAACACGGUAAGAACUCAUCGAAAGUGUGGUCCCAGCAAACUGCAUUCCUCAAUUCAUGAAAAGCUUGCUUCGUCUAAAUUUCUCGGACGUCCGCAUUUCAGAUGA